AUGGCUUCUUCUUCCUCCCCCUUUUCUCGGGUCUCCCAGCUAGCCGUCAAGGCGACGGUCCUGGCGGCCGUCUGCCUCCUCCUCCACGGCGGAGGCGGGAGUAGCGCAUCGGCGGCGGAGCUGUGCGUGAGCUACUACGACCACACGUGUCCGGACGCAUACAAGAUCGUGCAGGGGGUGCUGGUGGAGGCGCACAAGUCGGACCCGCGCAUCUUCGCCAGCCUCAUCCGCCUCCAUUUCCACGACUGCUUCGUGCUGGGCUGCGACGGCUCGCUGCUGCUGGACACCUUCCCCGGCUUCCAGUCCGAGAAGGACGCGCGCCCCAACAACAACUCGGCGCGCGGCUAUCCCGUCGUCGACGCCGCCAAGGCCGCUCUCGAGAAGGCAUGCCCCGGCGUCGUCUCCUGCGCCGACAUCCUCGCCCUCGCCGCCGAGAUCUCCGUCCAGCUGUCCGGAGGACCCGGGUGGGGCGUGUUGCUGGGGAGGCUGGACGGCAAGACCUCCAGCAUAGCCGGCGCCCAGAACCUACCCGGCCCGUUCGACGGCCUCAAGAAUCUCACCCUUAAGUUCCAAGCCGUCAAUCUCGACGUUACUGACCUCGUCGCUCUCUCAGGUGCUCACACUUUCGGUCGCGUGAAAUGCCGGUUCGUCACGAACCGUCUGUACAACUUCAGCGGGACGAACCAGCCUGACCCGACCCUAAACGCGGCUUACCGGGCGUUCCUGUCAACGAGAUGCCCAAGGAACGGCGAUGCAAACUCUCUAAAUGACCUUGAUCCGACGACGCCCGACACCUUUGACAAGAACUACUUCACGAACCUCGAGAAAAAUCGCGGCUUUCUUGACUCUGACCAACAACUCAAAUCAGACCCAGGUGCAUUAACAACGACGGCGCCGAUUGUCGAUAGGUUCGCAAGCAGCCAGGACGCAUUCUUUAAGAGCUUCGCAUGGUCUAUGAUCAAGAUGGGAAACAUUCUGCCAAUUACAGAUCCCUCCCGUGGAGAAGUCCGGAAACACUGCGCGUUUGUCAAUUGAUGUUUAAUUAGCAAGAAGGCCACAUGUGGAUACAACUAUGGCCUAUGCUAUAUGCGCAAAAUAAUGGAUAUUAUUGUCAUGUUCAAUAAUUGGUAAUAUAUAUGCCAACCAAUGUACGUAAAAUUAUGUGCAUGCUUUGAUCCCACAAGUGCAAUGAAGUGAAAUCUUAUUUCC